AUGGGUGCCUCACUCUCUGUACUCCCGCCUAAGAUCCAUGCAAUCCAGUUACUCAGUCAUGAGUCAAGUCAGCAGCCAGCUACUGCUCCGGUCAAGACAGACUUAAGGUCCUUCAUCGAGUUUCAGCUUACGUCAAUUCUUAACGAACUCGACUAUGCUACGCCUACUGUUGCAAAGAACAGCGCCAUUUGGGAAGGCAUGCGCCUGUACGCUGAUAAAACGGGUGUACCAUAUAAGGAGGGCACCCAUUCGGGGAAAUGUUUCAAGGUUGGCUACAACUACCCAGUCGUAUGCUUCCCUUAUCAUCCUCUUGAGGUCCAGAUAUUUAUCGGAAUAUAUUCCUGGCUUGGCCUUCUUCUAGAUGACGAGGCUGCAACAUACCUUGAUGACUUUCAACUAUUUCAUGCCCGCUUCUGUGCCAGAGAGAAACAACCUAUACCUUUGCUACAGGGGUGGGCAAACCUGAUGCAUGAUGUGUUCAAGUACUGGGACCAUACUGUCGCAAACUUCAUUGUCUCGGCUUCCCUCAACUUCCUCAACGCCUGUGCACUCCAAGCUCGAGAUGAAUUCACGCAAAUGAAGCGCACCAAGGCCGGACACAGUUGGGCUUGGUUCAUGCGUGACAAGGAUGGCGUCGGAGAAGCUUACGCUUGGUUUGCCUUUCCGAAAGAACUCUGUCCAGAUAUCUCGCAAUUCUUGGAGAUGAUACCGGACCUCUCUGCCUGGAUUGGCCUUACGAAUGAUGUACUCUCCUUUUGGAAGGAAGAGAAGGCCGGUGAAAAGCAAAACUACAUCCAUAGCAGAGGAUGGUAUGAGAGUAAAGAUACUUGGUCUACCUACGAAGACAUAGUUGACGAGGUAAAGAUGAAAACACGGAACAUGAAACUUGUACUAAGUGAAAGGGGCAUCCAUCUUAAGCUUUUGAACAGCUACUUGUCAGGAUAUAUCGCGUUCCACAUAAUGAGCUCUCGCUACAAGUUGUGGGAAGUUGGCUUAAGGGAGUAG